GAAAGGAUUUUUAGCAAUUCGACACGAGCCGACGGACGAGGCGGGUCAGCCAGCUAAUCAUUUAUUUAAUAACACGCUUAAUUAUGGAGCCUUAAGUUUUAUCGCUUAUACAUUUUUCCAUCGAUUGGUCAAACUCAGGGCGGGCGGCGUGGCGUGCCUCGCCGUCCGAUCAUUAACCCAGUUGCGUGUCGGCGGCGCGGCCGGGCGACCGCCGCCGCUCAGUCCUACAGCACGGAGGCACGAUGCAACUGCCCGAACCGCCGCCACCCCCUCUCGCGCCACUCUGGGACCGCGUGCUGCGAGCCCGCGCCCUACCGCCCGAUCUCGACGUACAACUCCUCUACAUAGCCAUCAAAGACCGUCUGACCCAUCCCGAGUGGGAAGUACGGCUGCACGCGCUCCGGGUCCUCGCCGAUUUACUCCCAUUAUCUGGCAAUGCACUAUCCUUCCCAUUCGAUCAAGUCAUCGACAACCUAGGCCACAGCUCCCCAAACGUACGCAAAGCUGCCCUAGACGCCCUAAAGGUGUUCUGCAUCCACUGUGAAGAUCCCGAAUGUGCGGCACGGGCGAUCAUAGAUAAAUUUUCUUACAACAAUAUUAGGCCUCAUUCCGCCGAAAUGGAUAGCAAAAUAAAUGUCGUUACAGGCCUUAUACUCUCCAUACCGUCGGUGAUUGGGAUUCUAAAACGCCGAACUUCCGACCUGGAUUUGUUCCCCGUAUACCAAAUUUUAGGAGAGAAACUUUUUGACUCCAUGCACAAAGAUGUUGCUCUACGUUCGCUUAUGAAAUUACGGAGGGUAUGUGGACCUCAUCAAUAUACAAUGUUCUUCUCACAGCUAGAAAUGAGGAUUCAAGAAAAAUUCAGACAUUUAUGUGAGAUGUACGAUGAAGAUUCACAAGACGUUUAUUAUGCACCGAGAAAAAUCCGAAACCAGCCACUUAUACAUAUCAAUCGAGUUUUUAGUAACUCCUCGACCCCUAUUUAUCUAUCAACUGAUUCAUCGUCAGAAGAUUCUUUUAAGAUGCCUUUUAACAACAAUAACUAUGGGAAAGUGAUCAUUGAAACUGAAAUUAAAUUUGAUUCGGAUACUGCUAUUACAAUGACUGUGCUAGAACAAAAUGAAACAGAGUCGGACAAAAACACGGUAAGUGACGAGGAUUGUGAUAGUUCCGAUCGUCUCAUGCUAAAAUAUAGUGACGGGGAUUCAGAGGAAGAUUCUGACGUUGUAGUUAAAAAAGUGCGUUUUGGUGGUGAAAGUGUAAAAAUUAGGACCCCUGAUAGUGACAAUAUAGUGACUAGUGAAGACGAUGCUAAUCACAACCGUCCUCUAGCGUUAUUAGAAAAAUCUAGAAUAGAAGAAGUGCUACCAGAAACGCCAGCUAUUGUAAAUAAGAUGAACGAUUUGAAACGCGAGGCACAAGAAAGAGAAGCACGUUUUACGUCUAGAAAAAGUGGUAUUCCACUACCAGUUAUAUCUAACAAAACACACAAAGGUGUAACGAAACAUACUAAAGUUAAACUAAAAUCUAAAUCGCUCAGCGAGCUCUAUGACUACUUUAAUAAGAAGAACGAUAUUACGGAAGGGAAGACGAGAGAAAAGUCAAGGUUUGCUUUGACACUAGUAGAAGUCCAAAAUCCUGAUAAAGUCCCCAGUCCAGUUGAAUCACACAGAGAAGUUGAAGUAUUACACAAUUUGCAGAGGAGCCCUUCGCUGUCUCCUCGAAGACAACAGACUCAUGUUGUUGUUGAUCAUGAUAGGUUCAUCUUAAACCUCGUGGCAUCAUCGCCUCCUGAGUCGAUGCUUCUGUCUCCUCGGCCACCCUCUCCCUUGCGAGGACAUUACGCCUGGGAAGAUCUCCAGGCAGUACCACGACAUAUCUCCGACCAGCUGCAUAACACGGAAAACUGGAUCGCAGCGGUGAAAGCUGCUGAUCAUCUUCACAGCACGCUGCUAGAUCCUGAAAAUGUGAAGAAAGUGGAACCAGAGGUUUUGUCCCUCGUGCAACACAUGUGGGCGCUGAGCGAUUCGGUAUCAGCAGCCCGGGCGCCAGCAGAGGGCGCUGUGUGCGCGGUAGUGCGCAGCGGCAGUUCUGCCUGCGUCAGACAGAUCCUACCCGCGUUGAUAGCGAGGAUGGCGAGAGACCCGCCUCCAGCCGCGCUGCCUCACGCGCUGUUGCAAAGGAUGGCGUUGCAUCACCUCGUUGACCUCAUAUUCGACACCGACAUGAUUGAGGGAUCAGACAAAGAAGCAGAGAGCGGUCAGCUGCGAGCGGCGCUGUGCUUGGCGAGAGCUGCGGGACCGGCGGCCGUGCUGGCAGCCGUGCGGCGCAGGCUCAACGGAUCCCCUAGAGCCGAUGUAUUCUGCAGUAAGUUACGCGAACGUCUCAACAGGCCUUUAGAUCACGUUAGACCAACUCCAGCCCCCAGAAACUCCCACCUCCCCGUGGCGACUCGAAGACGAGCGCGGUCCACGCCCCCGGCCGCGCCACCUCCACGGCCGCGCCGGUUACGUCCACUGCCAGACUCCGCGCCUCUACCAGGUAUUUCGCCGCCUGGGAGAGAUUACGUACUGAAGCCUAUAACUGCGAUACAUCUGAUUGAUAACAGAGUCACAACUGAUAUCGUUAUUGGCGAAGAAGAGAAGACGAAAUCUGAAGAAGACGAAAAGGACAUCGAGGACCACUUUAUUGUCUCUCGCACCCCAGAAAUUGAGAACAAGCCAGCUGAAACUCCCACCAGUAUUCCACUAUCUCGUACGUCAUCUAUUCAAGUCGAGAACCUCUCUGUUCAGUCUGUAAAUGUUGAGGAUUUAUCUGAAAGAUCGAUCCAUGGCGACGAUCCGUCCGAGAAGUCAACACGCGUGGAAAAUUUGUCCGAAAAUAAUAACUCCUUGGGUAGUGUCGAAACGGUCGCAGAACAAAUUUCACUUCAUAGUGUCAACGUUCCUUCGGCGAGUUCACGGCAAAGUCAAAUAACGGCCGAAGAAGUAAAAUCACCAACACCAAAACCGGCGAGUGCAAAAUCGUUAUCACUGUCGAACCUAUCAAAAAGCGCUGGAAAGUCUAGCUCGACGUCAAUGAGAAGUGAACCAGCGUCUCCAGAGCCAACAACCGAAUACCUCGAAAGUAGGUCGUGUGAACGCGACGUUCGUACUGCGCUAACGGAAUGCAUGAUACCGGCUCGGCAUGAAGACUGGGAAGUCAUAGUGAAUGGGCUUCUUGAAAUUGAGCGGCUAGCAAAAGAUGAGUGGGCACGAGCGCCCGCUUCGAGCUGGCGUGCGAUUACUCGUUCUGUUGCCGCACACGUUCGCUCGCUUCGCUCUCGUGUUGCGAGAACUGCUUGCUCAACUAUCGGCGCGUUAUUCGAGCAUCGUGGACGUGGACUAGACCCUGAAUUGGAGGAGGCUGUCAGUGCGCUGUUGGAGCGUUGUGCGGAUGUUAACCGUUUCUUGCGAGCAGAUGCUGCUGCUGCUCUCGGGCGCGUUGCAUGCAGUGGGAACUACGUUCGUGCCGGCGUAGCCUUGGCGCGGAGAGGAGCGUCGCAUCGCGGCGGCCCGGUGCGAGCUGCGGCGGCCCAAGCUUUGACGAGACUAGUGCAGCAACACGGCGCAGCUCGUAUGCUUGAUCUACCGAAUGAACCUCGGACGGUAAUAUUACGUGCUGCUGGGGAACUGAUAGCUGAUGCGAGUCCAGAAGCGAGGAUGCACGCCCGCCAUCUUUAUUUAGCACUAUCCGAAGAUUCCCGCUUUAAGCAGCUGUUGAAAGACGCAAUGCCAGUGAGUCGUUAUCGUGCAAUUGAAAAGUAUGUCGAUAAACUGCGCUGUCGAUAAAACUAAGUUCCAGUUGAAUUAAUUGGGUAAAGUAAGACAAAAUAUUCGCUGAAAGAAGACAGAUAAUUUUGGUGAAAAGUAUAAUUUAUACAGACGCGGACGCUUGAUGAUUCAAAUUGAAUUGCGAAUAUAAAUGUGUGAUUAUGACAUAAAUCAUAAUAGAUUCAAUGAAAAUAUAACGACACGACUGAUUUGUGAAAAAUGUAUUUUUGUAUUGUCUAAGUAACUAAGUAUUUACCUAAGGAAAGAAACAAUCACAUUAGAUAGGUACCAGGCUGAUGUGAACAUAAUAUCUAGUACCUACCGAGUAUUUAAUUAUCUUACUAUUGAUCGGCCUUGAAGAAUUUGAACAAAAGUUAUAUACGCCUAUACCUACCUAUAGGUAUAUUUGGUUGGCAGGUAGGAAAACUAUACGUGCUUCAAAUUAUACUAUCCUUCUAAUUGUAAAAUACUUAUGCAGAAAGCGCACAAUAUUGUAAUUUCGAAAUGUAGGUUGUCCCCUCAUUUUAUAUUGAAUUCUAAUAAAAAUGUCUUUGGCUGCAGAACCUUUUUAAAGAAAUGGGUAACCCUCAGGUUUACUUUUAUCUAAUAGUUACCUACCUAACUAGUCAAAAAUGUUUUUUAUGUCUAAUGAGUGUAGCCAUGUCUACAUCCAUCUUUUCUACGAAAACAUUCGGUCAUCAAUUUAUGAGUCAUGACCAACCCUCACUAUCUUUUGAGACCGGUUCUCCUCUUAGGAUGACAAGGGCCACACACAAUAUUAGAUCUGCGGUCUACCACGCUGGUCUAGUACGCCUAGUGGUCUAGGCUAUUCGAUAGCUAUCUGAUAAAUUUUUUGUAUUAUAAAUUAUACUUACCUACUAAAUACCUACUUAUUAUUGUUAUCCUUCCAAAGGGAGAAUUUUAAUAUACUUACCUAAUUACUCGAUGUUGUUGAAUAAUAUUUAUAUGUGUACCUAUUGUAGGUAUUGCUUAACUUUUAAUAAAUGUAUGUAG